AUGGUGUUUGAGGGGUGGGUGGUGGACCACCUGUCCGCAUGGCUGGGCCACUUCUUCGACCUCCAGCGCGAUCAGCUGCGCAUCAGCUUGUGGAGGGCCUGGCAGACGGGCGUGACUCUGGAGAACAUCCCCAUCCGCUUGGAUGCCCUGGAGUACCUCCAGCUGCCGUUCCGGCUCACUGCGGGGAACAUAGGCCGGCUGCAGCUCCAGAUCCCCUGGCAAGCGCUGCGCUCCCCCCUGAUCCUGGAGGUGGCGGAUGCCAGGCUGGAGGCGUGCCUCAGGGGGCCAGAGGAACUGUGGCAGGAGCCCGCCGAGGCCCGAGCCUGGGCCGGCAAGGAGGCGCGACUGGCAGGGGUGGAGGCCAGCGCCCUGGCUGGGCCGGAAGGCGCCCAAGAAAGCGCGACGGCGGUCCCUGCCCCUUCCCAGGGCUCCACGGGCCUCCUCUGGGGGGCGCUGUCCAGCCUGGCCUCCUUCCUGGUCAACCGCCUCCAGAUCCGAUUCACCAAUGUCAGCCUGGUCCUCAGGGACCCUGGCACGGGGCUGGGGGUGGAGGUGCGCCUGCCCUCCGUGCACACAUGCUCGCCGUCUGUCGCGCUGCGCAUGCUGGGCGCGGCCCUGGACGAGGCACUGGGGCAGGAGGGCGACGACCCCGGCAUGGUGCACAAGGACGUCGCCCUGGCGGCCGUCUCUGUCUGGCUCCUCCAGGGGGAGCCUGGCGUGGGUACGGACGCAAACGGCUGGGGGGAAGUGGGCGCCACCAGCCUCGGCAUCGACCCCACACAGGCCCCCCUGGGACCCCUCCCCCUGCUGCCGCCCUGCGACGGCGUGCUGCACCUGGGCACCACCGCCGCGCUUUCCAAUGGCACGUUGCGCGCCGAUUGCACACUGACGCUGCCCUCCCUGCGCCUGUCGCUGAGCGACGCGACGCUGGCAGGGGUGGUGUGCCUGGCCGACGCCGCCGAGCGGGUCUCGCGCCAAAAUCGGGCGGCCCUGUUCUGCCCCGCCUCCUGGCGCCUGAAGUCUGGGGGACGCGAGGGGUUUGCCAGGCGCAUGUGGGUCUUUGCGCUGAAUGGCGUGCUGAGGAGCGACGCUCGGUGGGACGCGGGCGUGACGGCGUGGGUGCCGGCGCACAAGCGUGCAGAGCGCCGGAAGCGGUACAUCCGGCUGUACCGCGCGGUCCUGGAGCGGCCGGUGCAGCCGGCUGCAGGAGUGGGCGCUGCAAAGGGAAGCGGCGGCAGCGACGACGCCGUCGAGGAGCCCUGCUGCUCCAUGCUGGAGGCGGCGGAGAGGAAGCUGUGCCUGCCGGACAUCACCCUCUGCCGCGCCGUGGCGGCACGCAUGGCGGCCGCGUCCCUGGCCAAGGCCGCCGCAGCCGCCAAGCGCAAGAAAACGGGGCCGAAGGCCGUCCCCUCCCCCGGACAACUUCUCCUUGCAGCGGCCGGGCCUGCGUCGGAUGAGAAAGGGCUGAUUGGGGCUGAUCUGGCGCCGGCUGGACUCAGGGGCGCCGCCAUGCCCGAGGAGGGCGCCCCUCCAACAAGAGACGACACACGCACCGAGGAGGGGUUGUCUGUUCCUCCCGCUGAUGCGAUGACGGCUGCCAGCGCCCUGGCCACAGCCGCUGCUGGCAGCGUGCCGGAGGCCGCACUGCGCCCCGGCAACCCCGGCUCGGAGCUGCCGCGUCCGGGUGCAGAAGGCGACGGCGUUCCCGUUUCAGUGGGCACGCCAGAGCAGGUGCUCGCGCUCUCCACCCGCCCCGUGUCCCCGCACGCUGCGGCUCGCCGGGGCGUGGUCUCGCGCGGCGUGUCUGCCAUGGCGGGCUUCUUCGGCGCCCUACCUCGACGAGCGGGCUAUGCACAGGAGGAGGCCGCCCGCCUGCUGGCGGCCAUGGAGGUCGACACCGUGGAUGAAUCACGCGAGGUUAGUCAUCAUGGGGCCGCGGGUUUGCGAGCCUCCCUGCGCCUGCGCAUCCCCGCCGCCUCCCUCGCGCUGGCGGCCCGCGGCCGCAGCCUGGCGCUGCUGGAGGCCCAGGGCCUGCGGGCGGCGGCGGCCUACGACCUGGCCGGCGCCGAGCUCGCGGCCUCCCUCUCCUGCACGCGCGUGCGGCUCUUCGACUGCGGCGCCGGCGCGCCGCAGAGCCUGCUCCUCUGCGGCGCUGGUGCGGAUGAGGGCGGCGCUUUUGACCCAGGACCGGCCAGAGGCGCCGCGCUGACCGUGCGCUACCGCGCGGCGGCCGACACGGCGCUGGGCUGGCGUGGCGCCGAGGCGCUGGGCCGCGCCAGGCUGGCGGGGUUGGGGCCUCCCGUGGCCUGGUCCGUCCAGCUGGCGGGGGUCGACGCCAGGCUGGCGCUCGGCGCCCGGCGGUGCCUGCUGCUCAGCGCCGGGCAGCUGGCCGCCCGGAGCACUGCUGCAGUGGUGAUGGGCGAGGCAAGCGAUGCGGGUGUCGACGACGCAGAUUUUUUGGAUCAGCAACGUGGGGUCGGUCCCUCGCAUGCCACGGCCGCAAGCGUCCCGUGGCGCUGGAGCGUGCGCCGCGUGGCGCUGAUCGUGCAGGAGUGGGAGGAGGGCGGGGCGGUGUUCCGCCCCACCCAGCCGCCCGUACUGCAGCCGACGACCAUGCAGGGGGACCUCUGCCUGCCGCGCACCCCCAACGUCAAGGCCCCUGCGCUGAGCAUAGAGGCCCGCGGCUGGAGCUUCAGCUUGGGCACCCGCCUGCUGGCCGAGAUCCAGGCGGCGUUGCAGGUGCCCACCCAGGCCAGGGCACCUCCGGUCCAGGGCAUGCAGGGUGCGAGUGGCGGUGCGCUCGGCGACGCAGGCGCCGUGCCGCCGCUGGCCGCUGGCAGGGAUGCCGGCGGCGUGCUAGGCCUGGCCCUGGGAGCCAGCGGCGAGGCGAACCUGGGCGCCUCGCUCCUGGACCUUACCCUGCAGGACCAGACGGCGCCGGGGUCCGGAUUGCUGCCCCCUCCCGUGGUGGACCGCGGCGCAUGGCGCGUGUCGCCGCGUGUGACCCUGGCGCGGCUCGACCUGGACUUCUCCCGCGACGCUGGCGCUGCGCCACGCACGGCCACGACGGUGCGCCUGCACGACGCAGCGUCGGCGGCCUACCGCGACGAACCCGGGAACUUCAUCGCCCGCCUGCACCGCGGCCGUCCCAACGCCGGUGUGAUCACGGUGGUGGAAAGCGCGGCGCACCUGCACGUCGGCGUGGCGCUGAACAACGUGCUACUGGGCCACGCCGCCCUCAUGCGCAUCCUCCUCCUCACCCUGCCCGACACGGGUGUGGGGCCCGAGGAGGUGGUGGGGAGUGUGGCCGAGGACGCGCUGCGAGGAGGGGCGGGAGGGGGCGUCGACGUUGGGGGGACAGAGGUCGCCCCUGCGCCCCGCCACAGCACGGCCGCACCCGCUCAGACGCUGCCUGUGCAGAGCGAGAGCUUCACGCUGGACCUGGAGGAGUGCGUGGCGGAGUGGCGAUACCAGCCUGGGGGUACCGCGGCCGCGCGCCUGGCCCCCGCCGCGUUGGACUUCCUCCUCACGCACGGCGUGCUGGGGGUGCUGGAGGCGCCGCGCUGCGUCCUGCGCUUCCCGCUGGACGAGCCGGGCGAGCGCGUUGCGCUGCGCGGCGCCGCGCUGUCCUGCGCCGCGCUGGGCGUGGGCGGCCGCGCCCUGCUCCCCCUCCUGCGCCUGCCCGAGGUCGCCCUGACCGUGGAGCGCGCGGGCGGGGGGGCCCCGCCGCGUUUGACCCUGGGCGCGCGCGAUGUGCUCGCCGGCCUGCACCCCAGCCAGAUCACCAUGGCGGCGGCGGCCGCAGAGCUGUUUGCUGCCGAGCUGGCGGCACUGCGGCGCCCCAACCUCUUGGACCUCCCCGCCUCCAGCUCAGAUGGCGCACGCUUGGGGGCCGAGAGCUCGAGCCCCCGGUCCAUGUCGGACCUGCUGGGGGUGGCACAGGCCCGCACCCCGCUCACGCUCGCCGCAAGGAUGGAGCCAGGCAGCCCCGCUGCGCCGGUCGCCACUCCGAGCCUGGGACGGGUUCCCCUGGUGGCAGAUGGCACGACACCCAUCGCCACCCACCAGCCGCCCCAGCCGCCGCGCUGGCUGCUGUCUCUGGAGGCCUGCUCCGCGCGCCUGACCAUCGCAGAGGUGCGGCUGCAGCUGCUGGGCCCCAAUGUGAGCUGCGCGGGGCUGGAGGGGCGCUGGCGCCGCAUCGAGGUGGUGCUGGACGGCGCGCCUGGCCCCGGCGCCCGCCGCCGGCUGGAGCUCGGCUUCGAGACCCUGGACGUGAGCCUGCUGCGCCCGCUGCCGGACCAGGCCACGCCCUUUGCGGCGGCCGCGGCGCUGCGAGUCAGCUCCGACGGGCGGCGCAGCAAUGGUGGGGGCGUCGCGUCGCCGGAGGGCGAGGAGGAGGCGGGCGGGGCAUGGCAGUCGGGGCCGGGCAGCGGAUGGGACCGCGGCAUUGAGAGUCAUGCCGGCUGGGCGUCUCCGCCCGAGGUGACAGAGUCCACCAACCAGUUCCCGGCGGACGCCAGCGACGAGGGCGAGGUAUUCUACGAGGCGCUGUCGCGGUCGCAGCGACGCUCCAGCGCCGGGACCAGCGCCGCCGCCAGUCGCUACUUCAGCGCGGGCGGCAGUGUGGACAGCGAGGGGGCGAGCACGCUGCAGCUCGACCCCGGCCCCGCCUGGGUGGAGGAGGGCGGGGCGGAGAGUCCCCUGGGCCCCAGCCCACGCAUCGCCAGCCCCCCGCCCCUCGCCACGCGGUGCACGGCCGCGCUGCAUGCCCGCCUGGCGAGGGAUAUUCUGAUCGGCGGCGAGAUGACCCUGGUCGUUCCUGUCCUCGCCGUCCACGCCACGGCCGACGUCGGGGCCUGGGAGGAGGCCGCCGCCUGCGUGUUGAACCACGUGGGGCUGAUGGGCGGCGCACUGCCCGACCUCCGUGCGUCGGUGACUGCAGAGGAGAACAGCGCCGGGGGCGACGCGGGCGACCCGGUCGGCACGAGCGAACCAGGCGACACAGGGCCCUCCACGGCCUACCCCCUGCGCUGGCACGUGCGCUGCGCCUGCCUGCGCGCGACGCUGGUGUGCAACGCCGAGGAGUCCGGCCCGGGGUCGGCCCCGCCCUCGCCGUUUCACAGUGUGCGAAUGGCAGACAGACACUCUGGCGAAGUCCAGAGCUGGCGGGGGCCCAUCCUCGCCCUUACCCUUCAGGCCAGCCUUGAGGCGGAGGCGAGGGUGGGAGCGGACGUGGGACUCGCUGCGGUUACGAAAACGGAGGCUGGGGCAAUCGCUGAUGCAGCGCCCGAAGCGGCGUGGUGGCUGCAGCUGCGUGUUCCUGGGCUGCUGCUGAGUGCGGGCCUGGGCUCUGCAGUUUCUGAUGCAGAGGAGCGGGAGCAUGGCGCCGCGCCGAGCCUCUCACUCGGCGCGGGGCUGGCGGGGAUCGCCGGCUUCGAGCUGCGCUGUGUCGGGCCUGUUGCUCCCCGCCCAGACGGCCCGGAUCGCCAGGCGCUGCCAGUGCUGGAUGCUGAACCCAUCGCCAAGGAGGAGGAAGGCCAGGCACCGGGCGCUGCUCUACUCACGAGCAUCGUAUCAUCAGCACAGAGCGCGGAGCCUCCGGGGCCGACUCCGCAGUCCCCCGAGGAGCCGCCGGGGUCAUCGGCGCACGCCGUGCAGGUGGAUCUCGCGCUGGCGCGUGGCUCGGGUGAUGCCAAGGCCCUCACCGCCUGGGAGCUACGUGCCCGAGCGGGCAUCCUGGCUGUUCUCGUCGGGGUCGGGGGCGUGGACGGCGUGGGGCGCGGGCGCUGCCCCUUACUCCAGGCGGCGGCUCACGACCUGAAAGCGUGCGCCGGCUCCGGGACUGCCACGGCGCAGCUGGGCUGCCGGCUGGAGGUCCGGAGCUGGGCGCCGCAGCUGGCCGGCUGGGAGCCGGUGGUCGAGCCGUGGCGGUCCUACGCCUUCCUCUCCACCCUGACCCUGGCGGGUGCGGGGGAGGCGGUGCGCGCCGCGCAGGCAGCUGCGGGGGAGCCGGCGCUGGCGGGGGGCUGGACGCUGGUCAACGCCACGGGGGCCUCGGUGGAGCUGUGGAUGGGGGGGCUCGUCGGCGGAGGUGCCGCCGAGGCCGGCCCUGUGGGUUGGUCGGGCACGUCGGGCCGGCGAGACAUGAUUGCUCCCGAGCGGCCCCACCUCACGGUGAUCCCGGGUGAGCGCGUGGACCUCCCUGUCUGGCCCGGCUCCGAUGACACCCUGGCUGACCUGGCGGCCGGGUACGCUGGGUACCCUGACCCCAUGCUGGGCGUGCGGCCGGCAGGAUGGCGAGGCGACAUGACCGGAUGCUCACCCGACCCCUCUGACCCACCCUGCCCGCCACGCCACACCCGGGUGUACUUCCGCGGCCCGGGCGGCACGGCGGGUUGCGUGCCCCUGGCCGCCCCCGGCACCCACGCGUAUGGCGGGCCCUGGCCUGGCGCAGGUGGCCAGGUUCCGGGGUCGCGGGGGGAUGGCGCCCCCCAACCCCGCGUGCUGGCCAGCGUGGCGCGCGGCCCCGACCCCUGGGCCGGCACCUCUGUGGUGCUGCACUCUGGCCUGCGCCUGGUCAACCGCGGCGGCGUGGCGCUGGAGGUGCGGCUGCACACGCCCCUCGGCUUCGUGGCUGAGGCCAGCCCCCGGGCCAGCCUGGGCGCGCUGCAGCCGGGCCAGGGCCUGUGGCUGCCCGUGCAGCACGCGCUGCUGAGCGCGCUGAGCUUCAGGCCCCUGGCUGUCGGUGGUUGUCACGGUGCCGGCCACGACGGGCAUCAUCAAGGCGGUACGCAUGGCGGUACCGUCAGCCGCACCGGAUCGGGCGUGCUCUUCUCGCAGGCGGGGCCCGGUGCAGCCCUGGCCAGGCACCCCCCCUUGCACCCCCCCGUGGUGGCUGCCGGUUCGACGAUCGGCGGCCCACCCCCCGCGCCGGCGCUCCUGGCGCGAAGGUCGCUCGACCGCGCCAGGAGCUUUGGUGCCAGUGGCCCGUUGGAGUGGAGUGAGUCGGUCCCCGUCUCGCAGCUGGUGGGAGGGGCCAGGGCGGGCGCAGCCGCCGCCGGCACCUUCCAGUUGACGUGCCGCCAGGCGCCGGGCUCCCCCGGCCUGGACGCCCCGCUGGCCCUCUGCGUCGGCUCCCAGCGCCUGGCCCGGGAGUUUGAGGAAACUCCCCCGCGCGAUGAGCGCACGUGGCCGCUGCCCGCCCCCUCUGACCCCAGCGGCGCGCUGGCCAUCGUGGUGGGCGCCCCCCUCAUGCUCCUCAACAGCCUGCCCGUGCCGGUGGAGGUGGGCGUGGGCGGCCAGCAGUGGACCCUGGGCCCCCUCCAGCGCCGCGCCCUGCACGGGCUGGAGGAGGCGCGGGCGCAACGGCUGCGCCUGCGGCCCGCCGGCUACGCGCCCGUGGAGGCGGCCCUGCUCUCGCCCGCCAUGCUGGGCGCGCUGGGCGCCGAGGCCGCUGAGCGCCAGGAGGAGAUCGAGGUGGUGGAGCUGCCUCCCCACCCUUCUUCCUCCGGCCCCACCGGCCCGGGGGCCCAGCAGGCGGUGCGGUGGGUGAGGGACACCCCCCUCCAGCUGGUGGAGGUGGGGCAGAGCGGGCACAGCGUGGGCGUGGUCCUACGCCACGGCCUCGACCCGGGGAGCGGGGCGCGCGUGCUGCGCCUGACCUGCACGCUCUGGAUCUUCAACUGCACGGGGCAGCCGCUGGCGCUGCGGCAGGCGCACGAAGACGCCGGCCACUUCACCGAGGCCGAGCGGGCGGCCGCCGCGGAGGACAGGGCCUGGCUCGCGCCCCUGGCCCUUCCGCCGGAGCUCCUCCGGCCGCGGGGCCCGCCGAGCGUGACCGCCUCGGCUGCGGGGCCGCCCACGCGCUCCCCCAUGCUCCUCUCGCCCGCCAGGGGGGAAGCCGCGUCGAGCAUGCGCCUGAACUCGGCGACCUCCUCCCUCGCGCCCCUCAGCCGCGCCGCCUCCUCGGUGGACGUCGGGGUCGCGGGAGGUGCGCGGGUGGUCGUGGUCUGA